CCCCACGUCUUCUCACUCGCACCAUUCAUAUCCAACCCCUUUAUUCCAUUCACAAUGUCUCUUCGUAGAAAACCCAUCGAUUUCGAUGCCAAAUUUGCCGAACUGCAGAAAAUGCUUGAUGCGAUAUUCUCAUUCUCUGCGCUCAGCGAGAUUUCCGGCAUGAAUAUGAACCAGUAUCCUUUUUUCACUUGUAGGCAUUGCUUUCGAGGAGGUUGAUGAAUUGCAAAAAUCGCCGAAAGCUAUAAGCAUUUUUAUCAAACGAUUCAAUGCUUACUAUUGUGCGCACGAAACAUUCAUUAUUCUGUAUUUAUGCAUGGUUGUCCUUGACUCGUUAUAUAGCUUAGUUUACGAUAUGUGUAACGCGAUACCACGACCUUUUACCGAUCGAUUAUUCACCAAUAUCGCCGAGUAUCUGGAUAAACAUACAACUCUUAUAUGCCAGCAUAUUCUGGCCCAUGAUGAUGUAGUGACGGCCUACGCUCGAGAAUUCGAAAAAUUCAGUUUAGCAGCCGACGGUGUCUCUAAGACAUGCUGCUAUCUUAACCGUAUCAUCACGUCGACAUAUCAUGGUGUCGGAACCGACCGCCGUGCAACGGUCGCUGGUGGCAAAUACAAAAAGCAAAACGUGGAAGCACUCGCACUUUACCUUUGGAAAUCAAAUGUUCUUUUCACGAUCCGUGAUCGAUUCCAAAAUCGGCUAUUUUAUCAAGUCUUUGAACUUAUUCGCAGAGAUCGGGAUGGUGAUGAUGCACCCCAUGGCACUAUCAAGUCGGUGGUGGUAUCUUUGGUGCAGCUCAAUUCAUUUACGGAGCAGCCUCUUCAACUGUAUAUCGAAGAAUUUGAACGGCCAUAUUUGGUUCACACGAAGCGCUAUUACGAGUCGGAAGCUGCAAGAGAAAUUGCAGCAGGUACUGUCAGCUCUUUCAUGAAAAAGGCCAACGCGCGUUUGCAACAAGAGACAAUGCGAAACAACUAUUACUGCCAUUCUACGUCGCAUGGAAGGAUUGUUAAAGAGUUCGAAGCUCAAUAUAUUGCCGCGUAUCAAGCUCGAUUGAUUGACGAAUUCGAAAAUAUGUUGCGCCAUGAACGAUUUGAAGAUUGCUCGCUGGCCUACAAACUUUUGAGCCAUAUACCAACUGGUCUGAAGCCUAUUUUGGAUAUCUAUGAACGGUAUAUCCUUCAUCUCGGGAAGGAAAUCGUGAGCAAAUUGGAGCAAGUGGUGGUCAAGAACCCUCGUGCCUACGUCGAUCAACUCCUUGAUUUGCACACCAAGUACUACGAUGUGAACCAUCAGACCUUUGCGUCCGAUCCCUUAUUUACAGCUGCAGUCGAUAAAGCGUUUCGUUCCAUUAUUAACGAUAUCGCGCCCCACACAUCUAUCAGUGGUCCUGAAACAUUGGCUCGAUAUUGCGAUAUGAUGAUGAAAAAGAACUCUGGAAGAAAGGAUAUGGCAACGAUUGAUAGUCGGAAAAAGUCAACAUUGCGAAAGGCGACGGUAGAUGUGAACGAGGGCGAUCCCGAAGAGAAGCUUGUAAAAAUGAUUACUUUAUUCAAAUACGUGGAUGACAAGGACGUCUUUCAAAAGUUUUAUUCCAGGAUGCUGGCCAAGCGACUCAUUUAUGGCGCGUCCUCCUCUGAGGAGUUGGAACUGAAUAUGAUCAACCGAUUAAAGGAAAUAUGCGGAGUCGAAUAUACCAGCAAACUGAAUAAGAUGUUCACCGACAUGUCACUUAGUGCCGAACUGAACGUGAACUUCAAAAAUUAUGUAAAGCAGCAAAGCAAGAAAACGGGUGCUGCUUUUGAUAUCCUUGUGCUCACUGCUGGUGCAUGGCCGCUGAAUCAAAAGGACGAUCUGAAAGUUCCUGAAACGAACAAGAUUCAGAUACCAGCCGAAUUCGAGGAGAGUCUCUCUUCCUUUGAAAAGUUUUACGGAAGUCAUCAUAGUGGCCGUCGCCUUUUAUGGCAAUGGAACCUGGCAAGAGGCGAGUUGCGUCUCAAUUACUUGGAUCGGCACUAUGAGUUACAGUUGGGACUUUAUCAAAUCAUUUUACUGCUACACUUCAACACAACCAUGACUGCGACAGUGGAUGAACUCAUCUCUCAUUCGGGUUUAUCAAAGUCGGAUAUCCUGCGUAGUUUAAAGCCGCUGGUGGAUAUAUCUAUCCUGCAAAGCGGUGGUCCACUAAACGCACAUUCUGAACUGACCAUUAACACAUCAUUUACGAGUAAACGUACGAAGAUCAAGGUGACGGCAGCAGCGCAUACAGAUACACAUCAAGAGACACAGGCUACACGUAAAGCGGUUGAUGAAGAUCGUCGUAUGUACCUACAAGCUGCGAUUGUGCGUAUUAUGAAAUCUCGUCAGGUUUUAUCGCACGUGCAAUUGAUUCAAGAGAUCAUCGAUCAAGCGAAUUCUCGCUUUUCACCGUCCGUCAUCAUGAUUAAAAAAUGUAUCGAGCAGCUGUUGGAGAAGCAAUUUAUCGCCAGGCAAGAACGGGAUACUUAUGUGUAUGUGGCGUAAUUGGGUUGCGUGACCUUGGGAAGGUGAAUAUUAUUGUUGGAACACGCUAUUUUACCCACAAUAAUACAUGAUAUGAUACCAUGAAUGAAAUAAACUGCGUGUCAAUUUACUUGAAACGUACACUAAUA